CCCUUAUUUUGCUGUCAGCUUACAACAAAAACCAAAAAAGAAAAGAAAAGAGAGAAGCUUUGAGAAAGAAAGAAACACACACAGUGUAUCAGUCUCUGUACUUUCACAAGCUUCCAAGCUCUCUUAUCACUCACUGAUUUUGGUUCUCGAGAUUUGAGUUAUACGACUAGACGCAAAAAAAGUGAAGAUUUUUGAGAUUCACUCUCUAUCUCGAUGGAUUACGAACGAAUCGGAAAGACCCAGGUUACUACUACUAGCGGCGGUGGAUUUUCUCCGGGGAAGUUAAGAAGUAUGCUUCUUCUUGGUGUUGAUAGAAAGAAGAAUGAAGAAGAAUCUACUCCUACAAUGAGAUCUGGGUCUAAUCAAAUUGAUGACCCUAGGGUUUAUGUUGCUAGUGGAUUAGAUGAUUGCAAAGAUGUUGAUGUUGUGAGUGAAAUUACUGAUUGUUCUACUUCUGGGAUUGCUCGAUCGAUUAGUUUGGGUCUUCAAGAGUAUCCGAGUCUUGAUUAUGAUAAUGUGAAUGAGAUUAAGAGUGUUUCUGCUUCAUCUGUCUUUGAGUUUCAAAAGACUGAGAAGGAAAAGGCUAAUCAAAGAAUGCCUAUUAGAUCAUUCUCUAAACCAGCUCCAUCUAAAUGGGAUGAUGCUCAGAAAUGGAUAGCUAGUCCAACGGCUAACCGACCGAAGACUGGGCAGGUUCAGGUUCCGGGGUCGAAGAAAGGGCCAAGCUUUGGUCGCCAGUCAUCUAUGAAGAUUGUUGAAGUUGCUGAUCAAAGAGCAGGUGUAUUCGCGGUUGAAGAGUCUGAUACAAAGCGGAUAGAUGUAAGCCAAGUGAAAAAGGAUAUGGGAAACAAGUUUGUUAGCUGGGAAGUCGAUUCAUACACAACCGCGGAUUCAUAUGUCAAACCGGUUCUUAUGGUUGAGAACUCUAUUGUAGAAUCAGCAACUGAAGUUAAUCUCAGCCGACAUGACUCAUCAGUCGCAACUGCGUUUGCCCAACCGCCUUCAACAGCAAGAUCUGUAUCGAUGAGAGACAUGGGAACCGAAAUGACUCCUAUAGCGAGCCAAGAACCUUCUAGAAACGGGACACCAAUCAGGGCAACAACGCCAAUCCGAAGUCCUAUAUCUUCUGAACCUUCAAGUCCAGGGAGACAAGCUUCAGCUUCUCCUAUGACUAACAAGGAGCUGUCAGAGAAAGAGCUUCAAAUGAAAACUAGGAGAGAGAUAAUGGUGUUGGGUACUCAACUUGGUAAAUUAAACAUUGCUGCUUGGGCUAGCAAAGAGGAUGAAGAUAAAGACGCUUCCACAUCACUAAAGACCAAAGCUUCUCUACAAACUUCUAAAAGUGUUUCUGAAUCUCGUGCUACCGCGUGGGAGGAAGCGGAAAAAGCUAAGCACAUGGCUAGGUUCAGACGCGAAGAGAUGAAGAUUCAAGCAUGGGAGAAUCAUCAGAAGGCGAAAUCUGAAGCCGAGAUGAAGAAAACCGAGGUGGAAGUUGAGAGGAUUAAGGGACGAGCGCAAGACCGGUUGAUGAAGAAACUAGCUGCGAUCGAGCGCAAGGCAGAGAAGAAGCGAGCAGCGGCUGAAGCAAAGAAGGAUCGUCAAGCAGCUAAAACAGAGAAACAAGCUGAACAAAUCCGAAGAACAGGCAAAGUACCUUCAUUGUUGUCCUCUUGCUUUAGCUUUUGUUCUUAAUAAUAACAUAAAAUCCAAUCCUAUUGUGGUGUUGUUAAGUCUCAAGAACCCAUCUUUUUAUCAUUUGUAUAAUAAAAGCUUUGAAAAACUACUUUCUUGUGAUC